AUACUAUUAGGUAUAUAAUCUGUUAGGUAUUGAAUCAGAGAUAUAAGUACUCUCAAUGACCAACUUAGACAAUGAAGACAAAUGUCGAGUUUGUUACGGCACUCGGGAUCAAUUGGACAGACAGAAUACACCACUAUAUGUAGAUAUCGUAUGCGACUGCAAAGGAUCUAUGGGUGCUAUUUGUCAUCAAUGUCUGCAACGACUGGUACUUAACUAUCACGAGGAACACUGUAUGCACUGUCGUCAGCGGUAUAGUAAUGUUGAGAUAAUAUACGAGAGACAAGCGAUUGAGAUAUUGUGUCAAUUGAUACAUAAAUUCAUUGUACGGUAUGUACUGCUCCGGGCUAUCAUCUUUGCUGUCAUCGCAAUCUAUCUAAACAUGCGAUUAACUAUAUUGGUGUGUAUGGUAUUGGCUUAUUUGGGUUUCAGGCGCCGAUCUCAACCCGAGCCCAAAGCCAUCCGUGUUGUACAGCAGCCAACCGGUUGGUGGCCUGUUAUGUAAACUACUGUAUAUGAUUACUAACAGAUAUAUUAUCAGUGAUAUC